CGGAGUGCUGGGCGGAGCGAGAGAGCGCAGAGAGAUAAACCCACUCUGAGCUCACCGGGGAAGGGGAUAAAGCCAGCGAAACCCACCGUCCCUCCUUCACCGAGCACUCGUUUCAUAUCCCACCACUCCAUCGCUCAAAGGGAGGCCAGCCCAGGAUGAACGGCGACUCAGGUGCCGGCGUGGUGACCGCCCCCCCGCCCACCACGGCCCCCCACAAGGAGCGGUACUUUGACCGGGUGGAUGAGAGCAGCCCGGAGUACCAGAGGGAGAGAAACAUGGCGCCCGACCUGCGGCAGGACUUCAACAUGAUGGAGCAGAGGAAGAGGGUCUCCAUGAUACUGCAGAGCCCGGCUUUCUGCGACGAGCUGGAGACGAUGAUCCAGGAUCAGCUGAAGAAGGGGAAGACGCCCACCAGCCUGCUGGCUCUGCAGCAGAUCGCAGACUUCAUGAGCAACAGCAUGCCUUCCAUGUAUCCUGCUGCCCCACAGGGCGGCAUGGCCUCGCUCAACAUGAGUUUGGGUAUGGUGACUCCAGUGAACGAUCUGCGCGGCUCGGACUCCAUUUCCUAUGACAAGGGCGAGAAGCAGCAUCGCUGCAAGCUGGCCGCCUUUUAUCGCCUCGCCGACCUGUUCGGCUGGUCCGAGCUCAUAUUCAACCACCUCACGGUAAAGGUGAAUUCUGACGAGGACCGCUUCCUUAUCAUCCCUUUUGGCCUCCUGUACAGCGAAGUCACUGCUUCCAGUCUGGUGAAGGUCAACCUUCAGGGUGAGAUCGUGGACCGGGGAAGCACCAACCUCGGGGUCAACCUGGCCGGCUUCAACCUCCACAGCGCCAUCUACGCCGCGCGGCCCGACGUCAAGUGCGUCGUGCACAUACACACAGCUGCGGGUGCUGCGGUGUCGGCCAUGAAAUGCGGCCUGUUGCCCAUCUCACCCGAGGCCCUGUCCCUGGGUGAGGUGACCUACCACGACUACCACGGCAUAUUGGUGGAUGAGGACGAAAACGUCAUCAUCAAGAGGGACAUCGGACCUACUAGCAAGGUGCUCAUCCUCAGAAACCAUGGCCUGGUGUCUGUAGGUGCCACCGUGGAGGAAGCUUUCUAUUACAUGCACAAUCUGGUGACCGCCUGUGAGAUCCAGGUGAGAACACUGGCCAGCGCUGGAGGGCCAGACAAUCUGGUGUUGUUGGACCCAAAGAAAUACAAGGCCCGCUCGCGGGUCCCAGAGCCCCCGAGCGACGGGUCGUCCACACACCCCAAGUGGCAAGUCGGGGAGCAGGAGUUUGAGGCCUUCAUGAGAAUGCUCGACAACUUGGGCUACAGGACUGGCUACCCGUACCGCUGCCCGGCACUGCGCGACAAAGCUAAAAAGUACAGUGACGCAGAGAGCGCUGCCCCCGGCGGCCACUCGUACGGGGAGGACAGCGACUCAGGCGCUCGCUCCCCGCUGAAACAGAGCUUCCAGCGCGGCCAGCGUGACAAGACCCGCUGGGUCAAUGCCGGCAGCCGGCCCGACGAGCCCUGCGAGGACGGGCCGGACGGCGCCGGCAGCCCCAAGUCGAAGCCUAAGGUGUGGACGAACAUAACACACGAUCACGUGAAACCCUUGCUGCAGUCUCUCUCGUCUGGUGUCUGCGUGCCAAGCUGUAUAACCAACUGCUUGUGGACAAACGAAGACGGACUGCGCCAGGCUGCCGUAGCCAAUCAGUUCAUCCCGAUGAACACAAACCCAAAAGAUGUCCUGGAAAUGAGGAAUAAGAUCCGAGAGCAGAACCUGCAGGACAUAAAGACAGCCGGGCCUCAGUCCCAGGUUCUGUGCACCGGCUCCGUAGUGGAACGUAACUUCAACCAGAGAUCAAUCUGGCAGGACGCCCCUCUGUCUGACUGUACAGACACUAUUGAAGGCCUCGAUGUGUCCGAGGGGUCCUAUAGUCCUGCUAGAUCAAUUAGAAAGGGGGAGCUAGUGACCGCGUCCAAAGCCAUCAUCGAAAAGGAGUACCAGCCGAAGGUCAUCGUCAGCAAGCAGGGUCCCAACCCCUUCAACAAACUCACCGACCAGGAGCUGGACGAGUACCGAAAGGAGGUGGAGCAGAAGCAGAAAGGGCCCGAAGACGUGGAGCCGCUCGUAGGGGCCGAGGAGGAAGAAGAGCCCCAAAGCCAGAAACCCACCACCACGCCACCCAGCACCCCCGUCAGAGCAGAGGAAGAGUCCCUGCCAGAGCAGACCUAUAAGGACGAGAGCGACCCCGCCACCCUGAGGCAGACCCUUCCCGACUUGACACCCGACGACCCCUCCGACGCCCCGGCCCUUCCCGCCGAGGAAUCCGCCCCCGCCGGCGCCGACGCGGCCGAGGGGGGGGAGGAGCCCGCCGGCGACCAGGAGGGCGAGGAGUCUCCCAGCAAAUCCCCCUCCAAAAAGAAAAAGAAGUUCCGCACCCCUUCCUUCCUGAAGAAAAACAAGAAAAAGACUGGCGAGUCGUAGACGGCGGGCGGUCGGAUGGGUCCUCGCGGCGGCCUCGGCCUCCUUUUUUCAGUUUUGCUUUUUGUCCCUUCGAGCAAAGCCACCGCACAGUUAUGCUUUUAUUUCUAUUUUUUUUGUUGUUUUUGAUAUAAUUUGUCGUUGGCUUAUUAACCCGUUUCCUCGUUAGUGCGUGCCAAUUUUGUAUACAGUGUAAAAAUAAUGGAUUGCAUAAAGGUUUUUAAUUAUUAGCUUCUUUUUUUUAAGUUGUGAGUGAGCGAUGCAUUCUGUCUUCUUCACUCUAUUUGGCCUUUGAUGCAUGUCCACACACUAAUGUGAGGUUUUAGGCUUUUAUGAAAAACUGUUGUAACCACUAGAAUGUAAUGGAUUGUAUCAAAAAUGUGUCUUUUAAAAAACAUUGAAUGCUGAAAGAUUAAGCUUGUACUCAUUUUACAAAUUGAAUAGAGCUCAUUUUACCACUGAAGCUGUGCAGCCAUGUAAGACAUAACAUGAGCUGAGGAGAACUACAUUUGGGAAACUUUCAGUUGAUGAUUUAUGGAAAUUGCACUCGUACAAACCCAUAUUAAUAUUGACUUAAUCAAAUAUUUUGAUUAAACCAUCAUCAAUCAAAUAUUUUGAUUAAACCAUCAUCAAUCUAAAUCUUUUCAAUUCACCUUUUUACGUUAACUCAAAAGCAUUUAACAGCCUUAAAGCACUCCACAAUAUACCUGGAAGUUAAGUCAUUCAUGUGAUGUAGAAGUUGGGUUUAAUAUCUCACAAACCCAGAUGAACUGCUCCGAACCUGAUGAUGUUUAAACGGAUUUUGAGCUCUGAUCCCAGCAAAGGGAGAUUUAUCCCAGGAGACUGGACAAAGCAUUGUGCUUUUUUUUAAAAUGAGUAUUCCAAGGGUUAAUAGGACAUUUUGUACUGGCGUGGUUCAAAGGAAGUAAUGUGAGGAAAAACAUUUUUUUUAAUUAUAUAUCUUUUUGCCUGGCUUUGUUUGCCACAUGCUAUCUCACCAUCUCCUUGAAAGAUGGAAAUACUACAAAUUAUGAAAUACUUUUUCUUUUCUUUUUUUUUAAACUUAUUUCUCACAAAGUAGCUGAAGCCAUGAUAGUUUUACUUUGAGAGAGCACUGUAAGCCUCCUUUUUUCUGUUCAAUGAGAACUCGUAACACACAUGAUCUUAAACACAGAUGCUGCAGUUACAGAACAUGUAAAGUACGUCUGGUCCAAAAGCUGCAACUAACAACGUGUGAAACUGCCCUCUGAGCGAGUAGUCCUUUGAAUACCUGUUUGUUGCAGUAAAGACUCAAAGUACACUGGAGAAACUUUAUUUAGAAAUCAUUUUGUCGAUAAAGGAGCUGUGCUUAAUCCUGCGGGUAAUUCCACGAAGGCCGACUCCAUGCGACGCUAACUUGUGUUGGUUCAUUUUGUUUUAGUAAGCGCUCAGUCAUCAGACCAUCCAACAUGCGGUGACCCAAAAGACGCUUCAUCUAAUCCGAGACGCUCGAUAAGCCUUCGUUCACAGCAGAUGGCAAAUCUUCAUCGAUCCGUGCAAGCUGGAGAGAUCUAACUCUGAAGGACUGCAUGUAGAGUGCUUAGAGCGUGCACUGUCCAUUAAACGACUAACUACCCUCUUUAUUUGAAUUUUUUUUUUUAGCUUCAGUGUGCUUAUAAUAUUUUAGUCCCUUUUAUAGUUUUUUCGCAGCUAUUAUGGAAUUGUAUUCUGUCUAAUCUUCCAAUUAAUGUGUCUCAGAAUUAUAUCGACUACAGAUUUACCACUUCCACCUGUUUUCUCAUGGUCCUGCCUCUUUUACAACCAUGAAUAAAAGGAAAACACUUA